UUGAUUUCAUUGUUCCAGGCUGAUGUCACUCCCAGUUGUUACAGACGCUUCUUCGGGUAACAAUGUGGGACUAGGAGGCACAAAGGACCUUUCUGGAGAUACCCCAAAGGCAGCUGUGCACACUUCUAAGCAAAGUACUGUACUUCAGCCACUGAUCAUGCUUAUGGUGAGGCCCAGAAGCAUCUUGAAAAUAAAGGGAGACCAUUAGGAAACUCCAGGAUUAUAGGAAACAAAAACAAUGCAGCAUUCUUUGGUAUUGUUGUGAAGCGUAUGAAUGUGCCCAUAUUAUGACUAGGAGAUCAGCGUCUUUCAUCCUGCCAAGUGAUGGCAUAAGAUCAUCUUUCAAGAUUUGCCGACUUCAACACCUUCUAGGCCCAGGGUGUUGAUUUUCCUUAGAAGCAAAUCCAUGCAUUCCUACACCGUGGCAUCACCAGAUAGGAUGAGUGGCUCAGAUAAUGGAUUGGAGGAAACAGAACUCAGCAUUACUCUCACUCUCCGGAUGCUUAUGCAUGGAAAGGAAGUUGGCAGCAUCAUAGGCAAGAAAGGAGAGACUGUGAAGAAGAUACGAGAACAGAGUACUGCCCGGAUUACCAUCUCAGAAGGAUCCUGCCCUGAGAGGAUCACUACCAUUACAGGUUCCACGGAUGCUGUUUUCAGAGCUGUUUCCAUGAUUGCCUUCAAGCUGGAGGAGGACUUGGGAAAUGGAGCAACCAAUGGAGGUACCGUCUCCAAACCACCCGUAACACUGAGGCUGGUCAUCCCAGCUAGCCAGUGUGGCUCACUCAUUGGCAAAGGUGGAGCCAAAAUAAAGGAAAUCCGAGAGACAACAGGUGCUCAAGUCCAGGUGGCUGGAGACCUUCUCCCCAAUUCCACUGAAAGGGCUGUAACAGUCUCUGGAGUACCAGAUGCCAUCAUCCAGUGCGUGCGACAGAUCUGUGCAGUUAUACUGGAGUCACCCCCAAAAGGUGCCACGAUUCCUUACCAUCCCAGCUUGUCCUUGGGACCGGUUCUCCUGUCAGCCAAUCAGGGAUUUUCCAUGCAAGGACAAUACAGUGGAAUAUCUCAAGCUGAGGUGACAAAAUUGCAGCAGCUUUCGGGACAUCCUGUCUCAUUUUCAUCCUUGGCACAAACUCCAUCUCUAGUUGCAGGCCUGGAUGCAAACUCUCAGAAUAGCUCUCAGGAGUUUCUGGUUCCCAAUGAUCUGAUUGGCUGCAUCAUUGGCCGCCAGGGGAGCAAGAUCAGUGAGAUUCGGCAAAUGUCCGGAGCACACAUCAAGAUCGGGAAUCAGACAGAGGGGUCUGCUGAACGUCAUGUGACCAUCACAGGCACACCGGUCAGCAUCACUUUGGCUCAGUACCUCAUCACAGCCUGUUUAGAGACGGCCAAAUCUACCUCCCAGACGCCCCCCGUUGACCUCGGCAUGACUUUCUCCCAGUCCCUCACCCCUUCGCCAGCCCCAGCGCUGACAGCAGUGGCCGCACCUCCCCCAGCCUUGCUUGGUCCCCCCUAUGCCAUCUCCCUCUCCAACUUCAUCGGCUUGAAACCCAUUCCCUUCUUGACACUGCCCCCUUCCUCAGCCACGGGGCACAAUGGCAACCUUGCCACCUACACGACCAAGAUCUCCACAGCCAAUGCAAGCAAGAAGGGUGAGAGACAGAAGUUCUCCCCAUACUGAAGCAGGAAGGUGGGCUGUGGGGCAGGGAGGGGAAAAUUGGGGGGGGGCCUCCCAUGCUUCACGAGAUGGCAUCAACAUCAGGCCACUCCAAAAUGAGGUUACAUGGGGGAAGACUAAGUAUGAUGUGAGAGGCAAAUCAAUUGUAUUGGAAAAUAAGGAGAUGAGAGAGAAUAUAACCUCGGCAGCUGUUGAGAGCAGUGCUGACUAAGAGUCCAGAGAGAGAACUGGUUCUUCUCCAUAGUUCCUACUUGAUCCUAGCUGAGAAGUCUGUAGUGAUUAAGACCAUCUAAACUUAAAGUUUCACCUCCGUUGGACAAUUACUGCUCCACACUCAAAGUGUUAUGAUUUUUUUACCUUCCAUAAAUAUAUCUGAUCUCCUUCAGGAAAUGGCUUCUCUCACCAUCUGAUUUCCUGUGGUGUUGUUAGGAAAUCUACCGGUUUACUUAGAGAAAAAUUGAAUCAUACACAAAUUCUCUAUUUCAAAUUGAAGGCACUGGAGGUCUUGGGAAAGGUCUUAACUCAAUUGUGGGAGUAGAUGAAGCUUAUUUGACCAAUGGUAAUGAUAGAGUAUAUCCUGUGCCACUGCUAUAUCUCAUGGAUGGUUGUUUUCAGGGGGGGAAAAUGGGGAAAAAAUCUGACUGAUAAAAGAAGAAGAAGGCAUGUAGGAUUUAAAUAUGAUGGAACAUACCAAGAAGCAAACUUUUUGGUUCUCUGUUCUAAGUAUUUCUCUCUUGAUAUGAAACUGCUUAUGUAUCUCAUUCUAACUAUAUAAGAAUCUCAAUUUUUUUUUAAAAAAAAAGUCAUGGCUGUAUCGGACAAACACACAGGGCUCUGAAUUUUUGCUUCCCCCUAAAAGCUGCUAGAAUAAAAAGAGACUGAAAGGAGUAACUUUUACCAGAGGCCCUCUCUUGUUGACAGGGAGUUGCAUAGCAACCAUUGGCUUAUAUUUGGCUUCCCUGCUAAAAACCUGAGCAAAGGCUAAUCAGAUAGUGUAGUACAUUACUAAAUUUGAAUCUCCAGCACUGGCUGCCAAUUCUACUUAGUCUCAAUGGAAGACACCUACUCCAAGGUCUUUUUUAUGGCAGAUACCUCAGGAAAACUCUUCUUAGCAGGUCAUAGAAUAGCUAUCAUGCCAUGAACACAUCUUUGAAUUUAUCUUGCCCUCAUGGGAUGUUGUCUCCAAUGAAUGCUUACUAAUACUGUUCAAUCCCUCAUAGUUCAGCUCUAAGCAGGCUUACUCAGUAAUAAUAAUAAUAAAAAUAAAAAAAAACACCCUGUUUACUCUAAGCAUAGGAAACUGCCACCUAAUAGCAAGUCCAACUACCAGCCAUCUCUGGUUCUAUGUUGUCUCUUGUGCUAGCUGAUAGUGGCUCUCCGAGGUAUCUGAGAGAAAGUUUCUCAGCUUUACCUGAAGAUGACAAGGAUUACAUCUGGCACCUUUUCAAUGCAGCCUUAAGGAAUGAGUACAUGCUCCAAAAAGAGUCCCCCAUUAUCCCCAUUCCCUCUUAUCUAUUGCUAUUGGGAGGGUACUUGUCAAUGCAGAUAAAUUCAUGUGAGUGAAGAGACAGGAAUUGUAAUUGAUCCUGACUCUUCUGUCUAAGAUAAAGUGUCAUUCCAGAGAUAUACAACCACGUUGCUACAAUUGGUAAUCAUCUCAAUAAAUUGAGGUCCUGUCUAGCAGGAAUUCAGCAUAGCUUGCUCCUGAGUAAAUAGUUACAGGUUUGCAAUGUACAGAAAAUAUACUGCCAAGCCAAGGAUUUUACAACCAAGUUCCUAACUGGUUAUAAACAGUAUAGCUUCUCCAAAGUGACUGAGAUUGCUGACUCAAGUUGGCAUUUUGUAUUUCUUUAUUCAAAUACUACAAGGUUAAUAACUGUUAUCUUUAUAAGGCACUGGAUGGAAUGUGCUUGUUCAGUGAAUCAGGCUAGAAAAGAAACUGAACUUGCCUUUUGCUCUGCCUCUCCUGUGGAACCAACUGACUCAUUAGCAAAGCCCAGGGCUGUGUGUAGUGUCUGCAUUCAAGUAAAACAAAACAGAAAUAUUUAAAAUUCUGCAUGCACGCAACCACAUCCUGUGCCAUAAAAAGUUCGUUAUCUGACCUGUAUAAAAUAUGCAACUAUACAUACAUAUCUCCUUUGUGCAUGGUAAUUUUGGGAGAGGAAUGUUUGUUUGUUUGCAUUGUACCCAGAUUUACAAUUCAUGGGAGAAGCAAGAAAAUCAACCUGCCCCUUUCUAAAUAAAUGCUAGUUCCCAAGCAGCACAUCCUGGUUUUUUUUGUUUUUGUUUUUUUGCUGGAUUCCUCUAGGAAUCACAGGUUUCACACAGCCCUGAUUAUGUUGAGCUCACGCAAUUGGGUACGAUGCCAAAGGUGUCUGGAAAAAAAAAAAUUAACCAGGCUGACCAAAAAAAAACAAAAAAAAACAUUUCAGGAUAAUUGGGUUUAAGGAUAUCUGCAGAUGCGGAACGUUGAAAGGCAGUGGCAUCUGUUUGCUGACGAGACUAUUUCAUACCACUUUGGAUGGUAUAGAAAGGUCACCGUACAUGUGUAAGUCAUUGACUGUAUGGUGGUUAAAGGUUUGCCAUCAGUGAAGAAAUGCUGUAGGUUUACUGAGCUAAUGAGAUAAAAUUCUCAGAGGGUGUAAAUCAAUAUGCAUCCCACUAUUUUGAUUUCACAAGAAAGGGAAGGAUUGGAGCAAAAAACAAAAAGCAGGGGGGAAAGGGGCUAUUCUUAUAAAUCAACCCAACCAGUUGUCCAUUUGGCACUAUACCCUGGCUGGUACAGAUCUCUUUAAUUUCCCUCUAUCACUUCCUGGCAAAAAGCUCUCAUCUUUUCUUGCAGCUCUGAGGAAUUUCCCUCCUACCCCAUAAUCCCCUUUGGCUUAUCUUUGGAAAUGCUGUACAUAUAAUUCUAUAUUUUUCCUCCUUUGUAACUUAUCAUUGAUUUAAUAAAAAUAUAAACUUUGUCAACUGAGAAUUAAUUGUUGUACCUUUGAGUCAGGCAAAAUCCAGAAAGUAUUAGCUGGUCACUGGAAUGAUUAAUAAAAGGGGAAAAAAGA